GGGCCACCGACAUUCUCGUGGAAACGGCGCGCGCAAUGUCCGACAACGACACCGCCCGCCUCCAACACCUCAUGUGGAUGCUCAACGAGCUCUCCUCCCCCUACGGCGACACCGACCAGAAGCUCGCCUCCUACUUCCUCCAGGCCCUCUUCGCCCGCAUGACCGGGUCGGGCGACCGCACUUACCGGUCCCUUCUGUCUGCCUCCGAGCGGGCCUCCUCCUUCGAGUCCACUCGCAGGACGGUCCUCAAGUUCCAAGAAGUCAGCCCUUGGACCACAUUCGGCCACGUGGCGUGCAACGGCGCCAUCAUGGAGGCCUUCGAAGGCGAGAGGAACCUGCACGUCGUUGACAUCAGCAACACGUUCUGCACCCAGUGGCCGACGUUUCUAGAAGCCCUGGCCACCCGCCAGGACGACACUCCCCGUCUCCGCCUCACCGUGGUGGUCGUGGCCGGCGGCGGGGCGGCGAGGGUGAUGAAGGAGAUCGGGAGCAGGAUGGAGAAGUUCGGCAGGCUCAUGGGAGUUCCGUUCAAGUUUAACGCCGUUCACCACGACGGCGACCUCUCAGAGCUGGACCUAACGGCGCUGGACGUCAGAGAUGACGAGGCGCUCGCGAUCAACUCCGUCGGAGCGCUGCACUCCGUGGCGGCGGUGAACGGCCGCCGGGACUACCUCGUAUCUCUCUUCAAGCGGCUGCAGCCGAGGAUCUUGACGGUGGUGGAGGAAGAAGCUGACGUGGAGGGCUUCGACUUCGUCAAGGAUUUCAGGGAAUGCGUGAGGUGGUUUAGGGUUUACUUCGAGUCGCUGGACGAGUGCUUCCACAAGACGAGCAACGAGCGCUUGAUGCUCGAGAGACAGGCGGGUCGGGCAAUCGUUGACCUGGUCGCCUGCCCGCCCGGGCAGUCGGUGGAGCGGCGGGAGACCGGGGAGAGGUGGUCCCGCCGCCUCCAUGAAAGGGGGUUUAGUCCGGUGCCGUACAGCGAGGAGGUUUGUGAGGACGUCCGGGCGCUGCUGAGGAGGUACAGAGAUGGUUGGACGAUGGGACAGUGCUCUUCCGCCGGAAUAUUCUUGUCGUGGAAGGAUCAGCCGGUGGUGUGGGCCAGUGCAUGGAGGCCUUGACCGCCGGCGGCGCGGCGGAUUAGGUUGUAGUGUGGAGGAACGCUUGACUCGUCACGUGAGGUAUCAGUUUUUUGGCACGUGUGCAUGGUACCCAGCCAGUUUGGAGCUUGUUGAUUUGUUGGGUUAAUUGGUAGCUUAGAUAGACAAAUUAAAGGUAUUUUUAUAUAUUAUCAUUGGUUUCUUUUUUUCAAAAUGAAAGUAUCGGGAUUAGUCUCGAGUGGCUUGGUUUUUUUUAUUGUUUGUUCGUUUUCAGAAUAUCAGUAAUUGUCUUGCGACAUUUAUUUAUUUAUUUAUAUCUCUUCUUUGGGUUUUGCUUCCAUUAUCUCCGAUGGAGCCAAAAUUUCACCAUUUUUGGCUUUGGGGUGUGAUGGAAUAAAUCAAAAUGGAUCUCUAAACUAUCUGCGCUUCUUUAAUUAAUGAAGUAGCAGUUAGUCAAACAAUGCAACUUUCGACGUUGAGCCGGAGGUCUCUUUGGAAACAGUCUUUCUACUUUCGAGUAGGGGCAAGAUUUGCAUGCCCCCCGCCUCCCACUCCAACCUUUUUUGUUUUUCUAAUGAAAAACUAGUGGAGUA